GUCCUCAUCUGCUCGGACAGCAUCCAUGCCAGGAGCCGGGUGGCCUCCAUCGCACGCACCAUGGGCUUCACCCCAGUGGAUAUGGGGGCGCUGUGCGCGGCCCGUGAGAUAGAAGACGUCCCCCACCGCCUCCUGCCGCUCUGGACCAUUCCGGCGGCGCUCGCCCUCUGCCUCUUCCUCUUCUUCUAUCUGUAUAACUUUGUGCGGGUCGUUCUUCACCCGUAUCUGAUGGAGAAGAAGAACCGCUUCUACAAGAUGCCGGUGGAGGUGAUGAACGUCACCGUGCCCUGCGUGGCUUACGUCCUGCUGUCCUUGGUCUACAUGCCGGGGGUCCUGGCCGCCAUUUACCAGCUACGCAACGGCACCAAGUACAAGCGAUUCCCAAACUGGCUGGACCAAUGGAUGAUUCACCGCAAGCAGAUCGGUCUGGUUAGCUUCUUCUUCGCGGUCCUCCAUGCGCUCUACAGCUUGUGUCUUCCAAUGCGCCGCUCUGCCCGCUACCAGAUCCUCGAUGACGCCUUCAAACAGGUGAAGCAGAAUGUGACGAGUUCCUGGGUGGAGGAGGAGGUGUGGAGGAUGGAGCUCUAUCUCUCGCUGGGGAUUGUAGCUCUGGGAAUGCUCUCCCUCCUGGCCGUGUCCUCCUUACCCUCUGUGGGGAAUUCCCUGAACUGGAGAGAGUUCAACUUCAUCCAGUCGAAGUUGGGAUUGGCCGCUCUGGUGGUCGCCACCCUCCACACUCUGACCUUCGGCUGGAAACGAGCGUUCGAGGCAAACCGCUACAAGUUCUACCUUCCCCCGACCUUCACCCUCACCCUCAUCCUACCGCUCAUCGUCCUCCUCGCCCGCUCCGCCUUCCUCCUGCCCUGCUUCCGCACAAAGCUGGCGAGGAUCCGCCGGGGGUGGGAGAAGAACACCGGCGCCAGGUUCUCCCAUCUCAGCGACACGUCCACCGAAUCCUCCAGCAACGUCUAGACCAAUGGAGGACGAGCUUCAGAGGGGGAGCCAAAUUUUCCACAAUCUCCAUGCAGAAAGAACGGGGCCCCUACAGGCCGUAGGUAAAGCAGGGGUGUCCAGUAACCCAUAGCAACCAGUCCGCCACCCAUCGCUGUAGUAACCAAUAAUUACCAUACAGCCCACACCCAUUGGUGUAGUAACCCAUAGCAACAACAGAGUCCACCUCCAAUCACUAUAGUAAUCCAUAGCAACCAUAAGAUCCACCACCCAUCACCGUAGCAACCACAUGGUCCACCACCAAUCAUAGCAACCACAUGGUAACCCACCCAUCACCGUAGCAACCACAUGGUCAACCACCCAUCACCGUAGCAACAACAGAGUCCACCACCCAUCAUCGUAGUAACCAUAAGGUCCACCACCCAUCAUUGUAGUAAUCCGUAGCAACCACAUGGUCCAUUACCAAUCAUAGCAACCACAUGGUCCACCACCCAUCACCGUAGCAACCACAUGGUCCACCACCCAUCACCGUAGCAACCACAGGGUCCACCACCCAUCACCGUAGCAACCACAUGGUCCACCACCCAUCACCGUAGCAACCACAGGGUCCACCACCCAUCACCGUAGCAACCAC